AUGUUACUUUUAUACCAAGCUGGAAGUGUGAAGAUAGGAGAGAUAGUUCGGUAUAAUGUGACGUAUACGCCGGCACACGAUAGAAUCCUGCCUUCUCCGGCAAGACUUCAUUUGAAGAUCAAGAAUACUUCUGCCAUCGCACUCCGAGCAGCCUUCGUUCACGGUCCUUAUACUCUUUACGCCGCAGCAUAUCCUUCCACCUUCAAUCCGAAUGUCAAGUUUGAAAAUCCUAGACGGGAUGGUGUACCUGAAUUCGAGCCAAAUCUAAAAGCCGGAGGUUCUUUCUCGACGGAACUCAUUGUUCCAGAAGAUGUGCGCAAGACAGCCGGAAGUGCAAAUCGAGAUGGAAGGUCGCCCGGCAGAGAUGAUUCGGACGUGAAAAGUGUUACCUGGAUCAUUGAAGUCACAUCGCAGGUUGUCUUUUCCAAUUCUGCCAGCGUUAAUUACGAAAUUCUGCUAGGUCGGGACGAAAAAAGUCUGUCGUUGGGAUUUGCUUCAGGAUCGAUGUUAGGAGGCACAGCACCAGUGCCUGGACAACUCCAUGAUCACCAACAGAGUCAAGGAGCGAAAGAUGGUCAUCACGCGGCACUACCGAGGGGCAUUUAUUCCAGAGCCCUACGAGUAAAGGUUGAUGAUACUGCAAGUCUAUGGAAUACCCCGAAGAUGGAUGGUAGGGAUGAGGCAUCGGAGGAACAAAGAUCGAAGGGCAAGAAUAAGGAUGCGCCAGUUGAGGAUGCCACAGGAGAGGGUCAUAUCAAAGAGAAGCCGGGGAACAAGCGGACGAAAAAUGUACAUUUGGUGGUUUUGACCCACGGAUUGCACAGUAAUCUUGGCGCCGACAUGCUAUUCUUGAAGGAGAGCAUAGACGCGACAGCUAAGCAAGCCAAGAUCGAUGCAAAAGCUCGAAAAGCAAAGAAGAAACAAGAGGAGAAGCAAAGAAAGGCAGCUGAGCAGGCCGGAAAUCAAAACGCACAAGCUGAUGGUAUAUCAAACGGAGAAGCGAGCGCAGAAGGACGUCCCGAGGAACAGGUGGAAGAAACAGAUGAUGAAUCUGAUGACGAGGAAGAAGUUAUUGUACGAGGGUUUUCCGGGAAUGCCGUCCGAACAGAAAGAGGAAUUAAAUACCUAGGAAAAAGACUUGCCAAAUAUGUUCUCACGAUGACAUACCCAGAUCAACCAUUUCGACCUACCCUCAAGAAGUCAGCGACUGAAGCCCUUUCCCAUGCUCUUAAACCUGAUUCUUCGAAGUUGAUGGAUGAUUCCGGGAAACCAGCACAUGAGAAUAGCAGCAUCGUUAAAGCGCCACAAGAUGUUGAUCUUCCUUAUCAUUUCACCAGUAUUAGUUUCAUUGCUCAUUCUCUUGGCGGACUGGUACAAACAUAUGCCGUGGCAUACAUUCAAAAACAUUCACCUCAGUUCUUCGACAUAAUCAAGCCAAUAAAUUUCAUUGCACUUGCUUCACCAUUCUUAGGUCUCAGCAAUGAGAACCCGUUGUAUGUGAAAUUUGCGUUGGAUUUUGGAUUGGUCGGUCGUACAGGUCAAGAUCUUGGACUGACAUGGCGAGCACCAACCAUCGCAAGAAGCGGUUGGGGUGCGCUCGUUGGAAAUAUUGGAGAAAGUGCCCAUAAGAGACUUGAUGGCGAAUCUGCACCAGAAGCAAAGCCACUUUUACGAAUUCUACCAACUGGACCCGCACAUACUGUUCUUAAGAAAUUUCGACAUCGUACAGUCUACUCAAAUGUUGUAAAUGAUGGAAUUGUGCCCCUAAGAACUAGUUGUUUACUCUUCCUUGAUUGGCAAAGCCUGGGUCGUGUGGAGAAAGCUAGAAGGGAGAAUGGUCUUGUUGGUACCAUGGCGGAAUGGAGUUGGGCUGAACUAACUGGGGCCAAUUCUGGGUCACCGGCAAAGAAACAAGCACCUUGGUCAGAGGAGGAAGUCAGCGACAUGGAUGAUAUUGGGGGAACUGCUUCUUCCAACGCAUUACAAAGACUGGAAACCGAAGUACCACAACCUCCAGAAAAUGUUAUGGAUGACGAUAAGCGAAGUGUUAAAAAUGCAGAGAUGCCUGGUCAUUCAACUAUAUCUUCUAUAGAAGGUAGAAAUAGUCACGAGAUUGGAAGUCCAACAUCUACAUCUUUUACAUCCAAUAAUAAUGGACCACUCGCAAGUCUUUUUGGAUUUUUUCGCUCUAACCCUUCUCCAAAAUCCCAUGCUCAUCAACCUAAACAUUCGAAAAUAUAUAAAAGAAGCCAAACCAUCAAACUCACCAACGAUAGCGAUUCGUCGACACCGUCAUCUCUACCAUCUCCAGCUUCAGAGGGCCACCCAAACGCUUCGACGGGAGAAACCGAAAUUCAAGAUCCAGAUCAUCUAUCAGCACCCCCAAAAACAACCUUUUUUGAAUCAGCAGGUGAUCUUCUCAAGCCACCUCUACCAUCUACAGAAUUUUUGAUUGAUCCAGCCUCCCGUGCUCGAACAAUUUUCCAUGAUCGUGUAUAUCAUCCUUCGGAUAUUCCUCCACCACCUCUCAAAAAGAGAUCUACGAUGCUUAGACGACGAAAUUCUUCCGGUUCUGAACCUACCCCACCAACACCUACUUCUCAUACCGAUAGCCAACUUUCAGCCUUGGAUUAUGAUGAUCCCAAGAAUACUAACCCCUCUCGUCCUCCAAAUACUGUUGUCGACUCUUCAGCAAUGAAAGUCGAAGAGAAGAUUGCUAGAGCUUAUCAUCGGGAUCUAAGUUGGCGAAAGGUUCUCGUCAGCUUAGAACCUGACGCUCAUAAUAACAUGAUUGUGAGAAGAAUGUUUGCCAAUGCAUAUGGGUGGCCAGUGAUCAAACAUCUUUGUGAUACCCAUUUCUCUGACGAUGCAAUUGCAAGAAGAAAAGAUGAAGACAGUGGAGGAAACGAAAGAGCUAAAGGUGCAGGGGAGGCUCCAGGCUCAGAAGGACAAGAAGUCGAAUCUUCAAUGGAUACAAUAAAUGCAGAGAAAAAAUUUAAGGAUCGUGAAAGAAUUACAAGACAUGAUCGUACGAAUUCGGAAGCUCGAGAAGCGAGAGAUUCCGUUCCAGCACUUGCAACUUCUACUUCAUCAAUGGGACCACCACCCGCACCGUCAAGAAGUGCAAGUCGGCCAAGGAAUAAACAAGAUGGAUAUGAGAGUGCCGGGUGGAGUGAUAGAGAUUGGGUUGAUAGUGCAGACGAUAGUGAAGAGGAUGAGAACAAACCAGCUGCUUCCGGGUGGAACUGGACAGAGAAGAUUGUUGGGAAAGGUUCAAAUGCAUAUCGAAGUCAAAGUACUAGUUCUAAGGAAAAAGGAACCGACAAAAAAGAAAUUGCAAAGUUUCUAGGGAAAGAACCUUUGGUCGCGAGUCCCGAUCUAAUUGAAGCAGUAGAUAAAGAAUUGGGGCGAGCUGGACUGGGCAGUGGAGAUUCUACUCUCCCGGUUCCUCCUAAAGAUGUAGCUGGGAUGGGUAUAGGACUAGAUGGAACAAGUGCAGGAGGAUCCGAAGUAAUACCUAAACAUGAUCUUAUGCCGGCAUCCAAGGAUAAUUAA